AUGGUCACCCUUACCAGAAUCGAAGACGAAAGCCAACAAAAGCCUGAAGAAAAGGUGUUCAACGCAGGCGAGGAAGAAGUUGAAUCCGAAUCCGAAGUUGAAACGGAAGACGAAUUUGACGAAAAUGAAACAUUGUUGCAGAGAAUCGAAGCUCUUAAAGACAUGAUUUUACCUGAGCAAAGACAAUACAUUGCCUCGACUUUGGAGUCUGCUUACUCCACUGCGUCAACUUUGGCUAAAAAGUGUGGCAACGGGUUGUGGAUUCUGACUUCUUCUACCUUGCUUUUGGGAGUUCCUUUGGCUUUGGGAAUUUUUGGUGAGACCCAGUUGAACGAAUUGGAAAAGGAAAUGCAAUUGCAACAAGGUAGCAGUGACUUGCUGGCCUCGGGAAGCGAACAACCAGCUACAGCAGCAAGAUAA